AUGAACAACCUCCCGGUUAGGGCAAACGAGAGCCCGUUCUACGACGUCCCCUCUGACAAUCAGAGCACCUCAUACCCAACCCAGACCAAGAUCAUCUCUACCCUUGCUUUACUGCUCCUGGGAUAUUAUGCCCUGUCCUUCUUCGACGCCUGGCCCUCGACCAUCAAAAGAGCCAUCUACGAAUUCGUCGUGUACAUAACCCCUUCUCCUGUGAUCUACGCCAUGCAGUACAGCCUGGUUCGCCUGGGCCAUCUGAGCCCGGAGGAAGCAAAAUUCAAGAGAGUCAACUUCGGAGACAUGAUUGCAAAACAGGAGGCCUUCAGGAUGAUCCUGGGACAACCGCAGUUGCCCCUUGCACUUCGAAAGGUCAGGAGUUUGUCCGGAUCAUACAUGUCUUUGAGCCACGAGACUGGCCCUCCUGGUUUGGGCAACUGGGACAACUCCUGCUAUCAAAACAGUGUGCUACAGGGAUUGGCUUCCUUACCGGCUUUCAUCGAGUAUUUGGAGAAGAGCCUGGAAUUUUGUGACCGAUACGAUAUUCCUGCAGCCACCCAUCGAGCCCUGGUGACCUUUCUGGAGCAGUUAUCAGAUUCGGGCUCGCGGACCACCGUUCUCUGGACUCCGAGGGUCCUCAAAUCUAUGGACAGCUGGCAACAGCAGGAUGCUCAGGAGUAUUUCUCGCGUGUUCUCGACGCGGUCGAAAAGGAGGCCAAUCAAUACGCCAACAAGUUGAAACGCGCUACAAUAGCCGGUCUAGAAUGUCUCUGGACAGUUGGAAAAACGGAUGCCAUCAUAGAUGCGUCUGUGGAAGAGCAGGGCUCGGGAGGGUCAUGGACUAGGAGGAUUGGCGGUCUCCCAGCAGCAGGUUUGAGGGAAUGCGGAAUGCGGAAUCCUGUUGACGGCAUGACUGCACAGAGCCUUGAAUGCAGGACUUGUGGCUUCACUGAGGGUCUGUCCCUGACGCAAUUCAACUGCCUCACCCUGAACCUGGGAUUGCAGGGCGCUUGCGAUGUUGAGAAAUUGCUCAAUGAAUAUACAGCACCAGAAGAAGUUGAAGGAGUUGAAUGUGAGAAUUGCACAAAGCUGGUCCAUGGCGAGACGGAAUCGUCAGAAGACGAGGAGAAGAGAUCCGAGCGAUCACUUGCCAAGCCAAAGAAGAAGAGAAGGCCAAUCUUACGGACCAAAGCGAAGCAGAUCACCGUCGGACGCUUACCUAGAGACCUGGUUCUUCACAUCAACCGAAGCAUUUUCGAUAACUACGGAAACCAGCUGAAGAAUACUGCUCAGGUCCGAGUCCCUGCGAGAUUGGAUUUCUUACGCCGAUGGUGUGCCCCCCUUGACCAGAACGAUGAGUCGGUCGAAGCUGUGUACGAGCUGAAGUGCGUUGUGACGCAUUAUGGCAGUCAUCACGAUGGUCACUAUAUUGCCUUGGGAAAACGAGAUAAAGAUUGGUAUUCCUUCAACGACGAGCGGGUUACCAGGAUUUCAGAAGAGGAAAUACUCGCUCGGGGCAAUGGGUUCAUGCUAUUCUACGAGGCUAUUAGCUCGCCACCACCUUCUCGACCAGAAGUGGAAGUAGCAAUGGAGAAGGCCUCCGUCACCACGAGCCUUGAGGGAGAACCCUGUCAGAUGCAUGAUGACCCUGACCAAGCGCAGAUUGUCGAACUAGAGCAGCCGUCAAGUAGACUGUUUGACAAUGACGAAAUGGCAGAGUCAGAAUCCGACGUGACUCCCUCUAGUGGGAUGUCUCAGGCUUCGGACUCUGCCUCUUCGAAGAGCAGCUCGCCCGUCAAGGCGCCCACGGGAGAAUCGGAGACGCAGGACCGGGCGAUGAUAUUCCCUGUCACGAACCUGAAGACCGAGCGCGACGUAUCCAGUCAUGUCGUGCAAGACCCGUCUGCCGGAGGGACGCCUGCAGUGUCGGUCUCAUGA